UCAAACGAAGUUAUUAGACCACAUUUUGUCUUGUAUAUAAGUUACUGUUUUCUUUAAUGAACUUCAUAAAGUCAAUUCGACUUGUAUUGGGAAAUAGCUACCAAUCUUGAAAAUGAAGUUCCUUAAAGCCUCUAUUUUAUUUGCAACAUGUCUUGCUCUCUUGCAGAUUAGUUCAGUUUCAUCUGAACCAAGCCCAAUAGUUGAUCAAGUUUUAUCAACAGCAACAGGAUUACCAGUAGUAAAUGGCGUAUUAGGAGGAGGGGGUGCAUUAGGAGGUGUAUUAGAAGGAAAAUUAGGAGGUGCAUUAGGAGGAGCAGGUGCUCUAGGAGGAGGAGGAGGCGCAUUGGGAAGUGGUUUGGGAGGAGGAGGUCUAUUGGGAGGUGCUUUAGAAGGUAAAUUAGAAGGUGCAAUAGGAGGAAGCGGUGCAUUGGGAGGUGCAUUAGGAGGAGAUGCAUUAGGAGAAGGCGCAUAUGGAGCAGGAGGUGGAUAUGGAGCAGGAAGUGGAUAUGGAGCAGGAGGUGGAUAUGGAGCAGGAAGUGCACAUGCUGCAGGAGUUGGAUAUGGAGCAGCAGGUGCACAUGCUGGAGGAGUUGGAUAUGGAGCAGCAGGUGCACCUGGAGCAGCUGAUGCAUUAGGAGGACUUACAGGAGGAUUAGGAGGUUUAGGCGGAGUAACAAAAGGAUUAGGAGGACUAACAGGAGGAUCAGGAGGAUUAACAAGUGGAUUAGGAGGACUAACAGGAGGAUUAGGAGGUUUAGGCGGAGUAACAAAAGGAUUAGGAGGACUAACAGGAGGAUUAGGAGGUUUAGGCGGAGUAACAAAAGGAUUAGGAGGACUAACAGCAGCAGGAGGAUUGGUAGGAGGAUUAGAAGGAAGUUUAGAGGGCAGUUUAAAAGGAAAAGGUGGAAUAUUGGGAACAGUACUCGGAUAACUACCAACAAGUUAAGAUUCUUGAAGAGCAUUACAAUAAGAACUAUCAUAUAUUGGACUCUUAUAAGCUUAUGGCAGCUUUAUAAAAAUACUAAUAAAUGUUUCCUACUUACAUUUAAUUAAAACAAAUUUCAAAGAAUAUAUAUAUCCUUUUGAAACUAA